AUGGACAACACAACGAACAUCUUCUCCAUCUCUGAGGCACUCUACCACCUGAUGGUCAUGAUGCUGACACUUGGUCAAAGCGUUCAUUCGAUGCCUGUUCCUACUGACGUCCCCAUGUGCACGGCCUCAGAACCGGCCCAGUACAAGCUAACGUUUUCCGGCAAGUGGACGCGGGCAGCUUUCCCGAAACAGUUUCCUGUCUACCGUCCCCCUGCACAGUGGUCAAACCUCAUUGGGGUGACCCACAGCUCUGACUACCACAUGUGGCAGCGUAAUAGCUUUGCCAGCAAUGGACUGAGGGAGUUUGCGGAGAAAGGCGAGGCCUGGAUGCUCAUGAAGGAAGUAGAGGCGGCCGGCGAACGCAUCCAGAGUGUUUAUGGGAUCCUCUCCGCUCCCGCUGUUGCGGGAGGCACAGGCCAGACGAACACCGAGUUUGAGGUCUUCGCCAGGCACUCUUAUCUGUCGUUUAUCGUGCGUCUCAUUCCCAGCCCGGACUGGUUUGUGGGCGUGGAGAGCGUUGAGCUGUGUGACGGCGACCACUGGAAAGAGAAUGUGUCGCUGGAGCUUUUCCCAUACGACGCAGGAACUGACAGCGGGUUCACCUUCUCUUCUCCCAACUUUGAAACCAUCCCACAGGACAAAAUCACACAGAUCACUUCUUCCUUCCCUAGCCACCCUGCCAACUCCUUUUACUACCCCCGCGUGAAGCACCUGCCGCCCAUCGCCAAGGUAACGCUGACUAAGAUAAAGAAGACCAAUCAGAUCAUCAGCCUGCCCGUGGAGCCGACGCAGUCCAACCUACUGCCAACAGGAAACGAGAUCGAGGACACGCUCAUAAAUACCCCUCUGGACUGCGAGGUGUCGUUGUGGUCUCCUUGGGGCUUGUGCAAAAGCAAGUGUGGAGACCCAGGCGUGCAGCACCGCACGCGCUACAUCAUAAUGCACUCAGCCAACAGCGGGUUAGCCUGCCCCCUGCUGGAGGAGGAGAGGAAGUGCUCCCCGGACAACUGUUUAUGACUAGGCCAGGAGAGGAGGGAGAAGAAAGAGAGGAAGGAGAGGAGAGAGAGGAAAGCAAGGAAAGCCAGGAAAGGGAGGAAAGGACGGAAACGGAGAAACAACAACAAAAGGUCUUCGGUGCAUUCACACGAGGCGUGAAUACGGUGAAGAGGACUCCCUUAUUUCCUCCCUGACCUCUGUCUGAUUGAUUGUCUGACUGAAAAACUGCAUAAAAGGUCUCAUCCUCAAGUCACAUUGAUAGAUCUGACAGUACUAGAGGGGUGAAGUUUGGCAAAAUAGCUAUUAGACACCCAUUCAGCUUUGGCAGAUUAUCUAAAUUGUCUGAGGAUAGAAGAACAAUGCUGUUUAUAACAUAGCCAUCAACUGAAAACACAUUUUCACAUUAUAAUUUGACAUUUCUGAAGAUCACAGACAUUUGUUUGCCCACAGUGGAUUAUAACUCCCAGCUGCUUCCAUCAAGCAGAUUUGGAAAUAAAUCCAUAUACAUGAUACUUAAGAUCUAAAAUCCCUUUAUCUAAGAAAUACUUAACAGAAAAUCCAAAUAACAUCAGCUCUGCCACAGGGGGAAACAUGUACAGUAGUUGCAGAAAAGUGAGUCAGACAUAGAAAUUAAUGUACGGUCCUCCCUGCAUUCAGAACAUAAUGUCCCCAGAGAUAUUGUGGUUGUUUUCCUGAAGACAAAGAAUAUAUUUAUUGACAGGAUUUUAACCUGUAGUGUACAGUAUAUGAAAUCUGAAGGUAAUAAUUUGUAUGCCUUUAUGUUAUUGAGAUAUUACUUCAAAGUUUUUUGUAAAAAAAUGCUAAAAAUGUACAAAAAAAUGUUUUCUGUAUGGUCAAUAAAGUGUAAAUAUAUCUUA